GAGGACAUGUUUCUCAGCCAUAUAUAACUUGGUUCCAAAAUAUGUUUGGUGAUCAAGGGAGUACAAAAUUAAACAACAAAAGGAGUGUGCAGCUUUUUGUGAAGUUUCUCUCAGACCUUGUGCCAUAUGAACCAGCUGAGUAUUUGAAGGUUCAUAUCAUCAAGGCCCCUCUAGUGCCUAGCAAGCUGCGUGAACAUGUCACUGACUAUGUGUCUUUGGCCAAGACAAGACUUAUGGACUUACAGGAACCAGUGGAAUUGAUGGCAAUGUAUGGCGACAGUUCGGGGACAUCCGGAAUGGAUGUAAAAAGUGAUCAUACAAAGCAAGUUGAACAAGCCUCUGCAGAUGUUGAAAAAGUUCUUGAAUCGUAUGAGAAAUCAGGCAAAGUCCCCAGCACUGUUAUGGAAGCAAGCAUUUUCAGGAAACCGUAUUUUAUUGGGAGAUUUCUGCCAGCAUUACUAACUCCCAGAAAGGUCCCAGAAGAACCAGAUGUAAGGGCCCAGCUCAUUGAUGUAUUAAUCAAGUAAGUCCUCUCUGAAACAAAACUGUUUAAUGUCCUAAAUAAAUUGAAGGUUGUUUUGCAGAGACUUGCUAACUGAAAUAGUUGAUAUUCAUCUCUUUAGUUUAGUUACGACAUUUGA